AUGUUUGCGAUCUCAGAGUUUCGGCCGUGCACGCGGCGGUUUCGCCCUGUGAAAAGCCACGGCGGCUCGACGACAAUGAUCGAUGUCACGAUUGCGUCGCUGGAUGCCCAAACGCCCACACCAACGAGCCAUGGACGCUUUGGUGUGUGGGGUAGCUUCCUCUACUUGGCGUGCACGAUUGCAUGCAGCGUUCGGUUCGCGUACCUGAUUCAGCACACGGCCACGAACGACUACUACUGGCGUGACUUCAACACGACCGGCACGCAAACGUUUCUGGCCGACGUGUACAACUCGCAGCUGUCAGUCGCGGUGGAUGGACGUGUUGACUCGUUGGCGUUCUCGUCGGCGUUGGCGGUGCCCAAGGACUACUCGCGGGCCACAACCGCCAUCGACUUGAAUCCAUCCCGGGCGCGAUCGCUUCUACUGAGUCCGAUGCCGAUGGACCAGAUCAUUGGCAUCUUUCGAAAUUCAUCGCUGAUUUUGAAUCUCCCGACCCCGUACUGCUGGGUCGAUCUCAACCGCACGUUUGAAUUGGCGCAUACGGCCAAGCGCCAACUGCGUUGUGAGCGAACCGAUUUGGGAAAUGCCGCCAUGUACCUCGGCGCCAUCCUGCGAAACACGGCUCGAAAAGAAAUCUUGGGGAGUGCGUUUUAUGCAUGGCUGAAUGCGACGGUGUUCCAGGCCCUCCGUCGCACCCCGACGGGUAACAUUUGGGUUGACAACAUUCACAACCACACGUUCUUACCCAUUCGCGACGAGAUCGACCUGUGGAAGUCGUAUGGCAUCAACAGGUGGAUCACCCAGCUCAGCAACAGACGGUGA